AUGAAGAGGACAGUCAACACCAUCUGGUUUGUUAACCUGGCUGUGGCUGACCUGCUCUGCUGUGUCUCCAUCCCUUUCUCUAUGGCUGAAAUCAUACUGAACCACCACUGGCCCUAUGGAAAGGCUAUGUGCAAGGUUCUCCCUAACGUCAUCGUCCUCAACAUGUUCGCCAGGGUCUUCACUCUGGUCCUUAUCAGUUUGGACCGCUUUGCCCUGGUCAUCCUGCCUGUCUGGGCCCAGAACCACCGGAGCCUCACCCUGGCCUGGCUGCUGUGUGGUCUGGCCUGGGUACUGGCCCUGCUCCUCAGCCUCCCCUCUAUGAUCUACAGAGGAAUAGUAGUCCUUGGAGAUAUGAACACGACACUGUGCACCUAUCACCACCUACUAGACGAAACUGAGGGCAACCAGUCGGCCAUUACAGCUAUCAAAGCCACCCACGUCACCAGGCUAGUGCUCGGCUUCCUCGUCCCCUGUUGGUCAUCGCUGUCUGCUACCUGCUCAUCGGCAGGAGGGUGAGCAGUGGCCGCUUUAAAUCCCAUAGGUCCUUCCGGAUCAUAUUGGGUGUUGUGGCUGUGUUCUUUAUGUGCUGGCUGCCGUAUCACAUCAUAGGGCUGGGGCUGGUGAUGGAGUAUGGAGGGGAGGCCUCGGAAGACAUGGCCCAGGCUCUGGAACCCCUGGCCAUCUCUCUGGCUUACGUCAACAGCUGCCUCAACCCUCUUCUGUAUGUCUUCAUGGGUCAGGACUUCAAGGAGAGGGCCAGGGUGUCUCUUAGGAAAAUAUUUGAGAAUGUAUUCAGCAAGGAUGUGACAAUGCGUUCCUCUGUGUACUCUAAAGGACAGUCAGCUGUCACGGUCCACAAACUCAUCUGA